GCCACGCGAGCCGGGGGAGGGGACGCCCAGGGGCGGAAGCCCGCGAGCCGCUGGGUGUCGGCUAGCUGGGAUCUCGUCGCGCAGGGGGUGGGCGCUAUUACUGCGGUCACUUUCCGUAGGAGACGGCUAGGCACGGAGGGGCUGCAGCCAGGCCAGAAGUCGGAGCAGCGGAACUGGGUUAGCCCCGGGCGGCAGACUCCAGGGCCGCCGCACCCAGCCGUGCGCCUCUGCAGUAAUGCGGGCACAUCUGGGGGACACCUGUGUCCAGUUUCUGAACUCAGGGACUGAGUAACGUCUUGGGUCAUGCUCCCCUAGAAUAUUGCUGCCCAGAAUGAGUGUGGUAAAAUGCAGGUCUGCCUCUCCUGACCCCAAAGAAGUUCUAAAGCCAAGGAAUCUGACACUGCUCACAUGGUUGGCAAGUGAGGUCACAAGGCCAGUGUGGCUGCAGAGUCCCGUACUUUCCCCUUCCCUGAUUCGGCGUGAGCUCAGAUGACCUGUCACUCAAGAGGAGAUACCAGGCUGGGACUGUCCGCACUCUACCAAGCUUUGUGCUUCAAGAAUUGCCUGAGCCAGUGGAAAGGCCACUCAUGCAAGAGAGGCCUGCCAAAAUGCCCAUUAUGGUGGAAGACAUUAUGAAACUGCUCUGCUCCAUUUCCGGGGAGAGGAAAAUGAAGGCUGCCGUCAAGCACUCUGGGAGGGGCGCCCUGCUCACGGGAGCUGUGGCGUUUGUUGGCGGUUUGGUUGGUGGCCCACCAGGACUAGCUGUUGGGGGUGCCGUUGGGGGUCUAUUAGGUGCAUGGAUGACGAGUGGACAGUUUAAGCCAAUUCCUCAGAUCCUAAUGGAGCUGCCUCCUGCUGAGCAACAGAAGCUCUUUAAUGAAGCCACUGCCAUCAUCAGGCACCUGGAAUGGACAGAUGCUGUGCAGCUGACCACACUGGUCAUGGGCAGUGAGGCUUUGCAGCAACAGCUGCUGGCCAUGCUGGUGGGAUACGUCACCAAGGAGCUCCAGGCAGAAGUUCAGUAUGAUGACUAGGCUGCUCCUCCAGGAGGUGGUGGUCUCAUGUAGAUGAUUCUCCCUACUGGGGGAAGGUGAGCAGAGAGUUGGGAGGGGCCACACAUCCUCAGCCUAUUACCUAAACCGGAGCGAAGUCCGCUGGAGAGGCUCCUGCUGUGCUGUGCCACAUUCUGGAAAGUACUUAUGAAGGCGUUGCAUUUUGUGGUAGUGCGUGUAUGCUGACCUCCCUUUGGGAAGCUGGCGAGAAGCAAAGGCAUGCCUGUGGCAGACAUCUGGAUGUCUGAGUCUGCUCUCACUCCCGUGGGGGUGUGGAGGAAGGUCGGCAUGUUCAGCCUUCUCGUCUUCUCAAGACAACACCUUCACCCUCUUCUAGGCUUGGGUCUCAGGACCUUGGAGCUGGCCCAUGCUGGAACCAAGUUAGCUCUUGAAUGCACCCCUGCCCAAUGGCUUCUGAGUGGCCUCAUGGAGGGGGCACUCAGUCUGUUGAGGGAAGCCACAAAUGUCAGUUACCCAGCCCCUUCUCCCCCUAGCUGCCACCAGGCUCUUGCUCUCCCAGGACUUACUUCCAUCUGAAAAGUCAUGGUAGCUCUUGAGUUCUGCUUUUUAAAUUAAAUUCUUUCACUAAAAAGUAUUGCUCUUUCUGGAAUGGUAGGGUCAUAAACUAUUUCUAAGAAAUGUGUUCACCCUGAAUUUCCCCUAAUACUAUGUUCAUUUUGCUUUCAGAGCCACAACUUGACUGUCAUCAAAUUGCAACAGUUUUUUUCUCGACAGUCCUUUUUCCACAUUUUUGUGUAAAACAUGUCUACCCAUCAUUUGGAGUCAUAGCCACGGAACACAAGGGAGAAGAUACUGGAUUUGUGGCUUUUAAAGAAUGAGAGAAGGCGCCUGAUUCCAGGGCCUGAGACCUGACUUUCCAGGCCAGUUUGGCCUCCCUGUCCUGCCAGUGUGCACACACCACCCUGAGCUUUCGCUAACAGCCACAGAAUGUCCCUCAGGUCCCAGGCCCUGGGGCAGGGUGGAGACUUGAGGCUCUUUGCAUGAACAGAGGCAACAUAGGCCUCCCUGGGAGUACAGAGGGAGGUCCUCCUGCUGCUGAGAGCCAGUAUCCUGGUACCUCCAUGUGUGUAAAGAAAACUUCAGGGUGAACUAGAAACCCGGGUGAUAAAGGAAGGUUAAGCCAUUAUGUCUCAGAAAAAUUGCUCUUCUGCUGGUUCAUCCAAGACAAGUCAGGUCCCUGACAGGCCCCACUCCUAUAGUUGAAGCCAUUGGGUUCAUUAUGUGCUGCUUGAGUUGGGGACAGGGUGAGGGUCCAUUCAGAUGAUUCUCCUAACUCAGAAGGUGACGGGAAUUGGGGAAGCCCCACCCCAGGGGACACAGGUGGUCCCAGCUCAGAGGUUGCCACCAUUGUACCCUGGAGCCCUUCCCUGCCCCGCUACCACCUGCCUUUACUCCUGGGAAAAACGUCCUGGGGAGGUGAUGGCCUGACUCUUGACCAGUUGUGUGUCAGAUGGAGCAGACUUGCUGAGCUAAGUCACCCUUGAUGAGACGAGUCUGGGGUGAUUUGCAGUGGGCUUUGGGUCCAAGAGUCCAGUCUCUCCCAGGAGCUGAAUGCAACUUCCUUGCUUUUCCCUCAGAUUUUUCUCAGCUUCUAUGUGUUUAGUAUUUGUAUCUUUUUUGUAAAAAUAUUUAUUUAUUUAUUUUUGAUUAGGACAUACCAGUCUGGUAUAAAACUGAAAAGAUACCAGAAGGCACAAAUGGAGAAGGAAAGCUCCUAUGCUGACCCCUGUCCUAGCCCCUCCCUAGAGGCUGCCUCUGUACCAAUUUCUUGUUCAUUGCUUUAACUCUGUUUUCAAAUAGUAUUUGAAAAUAUACUCAUUUCCUUUUGUCAGUGUUUGUUGCUGAAAACUUAGAAAAAAACAGAAAAAAGAUGAAAUAAACACCACUACAAACUUCACUAGUCAGAAAACCGCUGUUAACAAAUUUGGCAUGUAUCAUGCAAACCAUGUAAUGUGCAUUUCUAAUGAACUUGCAUCUUAAUGUUUAGGCCUCUGAAUAUUUUUACCAACUGACAUUAACAUGUGCAAUGUAAUUUAAAAUUUCUUGUAAACAUGUGUAGUAGCUCUAUAACAUUCCAUUGUGCUUAAGCCUGCCCCUGAUGUGGUUUCCUUUGUAGGUGUUUACCAUUAUAAUGCGGCAGUGAACACUUCUGUUCAUAUUUUGGAUUAUGACAGAUACUCUUUAUGAAUGAUUCCCUAAAGUGAAAUUGCUGGACUAAAGCAUACAAUAUUUUUUUAAGGCUAUUGUUAUAUUUGGUCAAAAUUCUUUUUAGAUAGGCAGUAUCCAUAAUUUGUUUUCCCAAAAACAAGGUUUUUGGGGGUGAACAUAUCACUGCAUCCUCACCAAAAAAUAGAAUGAUAGUGUUUUAAAUCUUUAUUAAUUUUAUGGGUGAUAAGUGACAUCCUGGUUUGAUUUGUUUUCCUUUGGAUUGAGAAUGGGAUUGACAAGGCCUGAAUCACCUCCUGGCAGACACCUGCCCAGGUGGUGCAGAGAGCUCCCAGGCCCCUGUGGCUGAGGCCCAGCACAGGCUAAAGAGGCCAUGACCUAAGCAGGGGGCUGCUGCAGCCUGGCCCUACCUGUGGCUAGCCCAUGAUGGCUGGCUGGGUGGUAAUGGUGGGGUGGCUAGAAAAUGGCAAGGGGCUGCCAGCAGGGUAAGGUGGCAGCUGGAGAGGAAGCCUUGGUGGGGGACCCAGUAAUUAUGAAAAUAAACCAUCUGCUCUGGGCUGGUUACUAACUUGCUUUGGGUAUCAAUGUGGCAGUGCCAAGCAAGAUAUUUCACAAGCAGAUGGUGUAUUUUUAGCUAGAAUGGACUUUUCAAUUUUUCUGUUUUUUGAGAUGUCUGGCUUGGAAGUAAACGAUGGAAGUGGUUGCGAUGUGGGAGGCUGGGCAGACAGGCUCAGGGUUUGAAAGUGUCGGCUCCCCAUUAGUUAUUGAGAGGUGCCACCUAGUGGGCAAGUGGGUGCAUCCUGUCUCCUUCCCUCCCAGCAGGCCCACCAAGCCUUCUCGGGGUCACCGGCCAGGCCAGGAUAUGGCUCCACAAGGAUGCUCUUUUAUAAGUUCUCCAUGGGAGUGGACAGGGGUCUUCCUGAGGUUUUAAUAAGCCAAGAACAGAACAUCAGCCGUGUCUCCUGCAAAGUUUUUGCCUAUAAACCAGAAUGUCUCUCAAUCUUUAAUAAUCUACAUAUGGUAAUUAAGAAAUGCCAGGAUUUAUCUAAACCACAUGUGAGGGGGACUAUCUGAUGUGAUUUCAGUUUGUUGGGAGGAGAUAAAUGACUUUAUUGCUGGAGGAGGCUUCUCGGACUAUUAGUUAUGACAAGGGUGGUCAGGAGGCCAAACUUGGGCCUGGCUAACUGAAUUGCAGCCUGGGGGCAGCUCUGGGUACCCCAAAUGCUGGUAAAUGGGGGUGUUGAAAAAUGUUUUUCUAAACUAAGGGAAGGACUUUUCUCACUUGUAAUUAGCAAAUGCAAGGAUAAUAUCUAGGAUAUAAUAUGUCACACAACAAUUAAUUAGUGAAAAUAAAUACAAAUGAUCAAACCCAGAACUGGCAAGGUUAUGGGAAAACAAUGCAUACACACACACAGUAUUGGAGAAAGUACACACUGAUAAGUCUUUUGGGAGAGUGAUUUGAAGAAAAAAA